AUGCUCGAGAUCUACUCGGCAUCGCUUCUGCCGGGCGCGCUGCUCGAUCCCACGAACCAUCGUGCGGUGUUGGUGUCACCAACGGCGGCGGUGCGUCUCGGCCUGCUGCCGGGCCAGCCGAGCAACCUCUUCUUGUCGGUGGAUUUGGCCCCAUGCUGUGGCGGUCUCGCUGGCGCGUCGCCCUCCGAGGCAUGGCUUGUGCGCGCCCUACCAGCAUCGCGGCCACCGUCGCCAGGAGGGGCCCCCGGGCCAACCGAGCCGGAGCUCCUGCUCCCACCGGGCUUGGCUGCAAGCUGGCAGGCCGGCCCGGAGCCGAUGUGUGCCAGCCAUGGCGGAUCUUCGGGGACCUCUCCCCUGCAUGAGGCUCCCAAAAUGCACGUGCGCAUCAUGUCCCGCCAUGCACUGCCGGCUGGCCGGGAUGAACACCCACCGGCCCCGGCACAUGUGCCGCCCGCCGCCGGGGUGUACAUCAGCCGGGUGCUCACACCCACCGAAGAGACGCACUACAGCCAGCUGGACCUGCCGGCCGGCGGCUGGCGGGGUGUGCUCAAUGCCGAGGGGCCAGCUUGCGUGCCGGCAUUGAAGGACGCGAGGGCCGUCCUCGGUGGGGCCUGUCCGGACUGCUCGCCCACAGGGCGGCCAGUCGCCGGCGCCUGUGCCCGCUGCCUGCAGACCUUCGCUCUGCUGGAGUCCACGUGCCGGGCUGGGCCACCAGAGGUGGCUGCUCUGAGGCACUUCUUUUCGCGACCGCGGCUCCUUCGUCCGGGCGAGGUGCUGACCGUGCCGCUGGACAUCGCAAAUGCCCGCCCGGAGGCUGUUGGUCUCUUCCGGGUGGAGGAAAUCCUGCCGGCCCCCGAGAUGCAAGCCCCUGCCCAGGGGCCGGAGCGCCUCUUUGUCCCCGGGCGGAGCUUUCUCCGGCAGCGGCCACCGGUCCCCCUGGCCGGGCCGGCUCCGGUAUGUCCGGAGUCCGGCCAGUCGGCCUGGCUGCGCGCCUUUGCCGCGGAAUCUGGGCGCCUGGCUGCCCACCUUCGCGCCGGCACCCGAGACUCCUCCGGGCUCGGGCUUUUGUGCCUGUACAGUCGCCUUCCCUGUGCUGCGUCUGUGGUCGAGGAAAUCCAAGUGCUUCUGUGUGCGGCCGUGUGCCGUCGAGCCGGGUGGUUUCCCAUCCUGCUUGAUUCGGCGGCUUUGCUGGAGCCCGCCGGCCCCGGGGCACCUCCCCCCUCGGCCGCGGCCACCCGACAGCAUGAUGCCGCCCUGGCCGCCCUGGAGGAUCGCGUUGCCCGAGCUGUAUCCGCCGGGGCGCGGGCAUGUGUAGUUGCAUUUCGCGCGACGGGAUCCGCUGUGGCCGCUGGCCCGGCACCCGGGCACUCGGGCAAACUCUCCGAGAAGGCGUGCGAUCGGCUGGCGCGGAUCAUUCGCGCAGCCGGCGGCACCGGGAUCAUUUGCGUGAAAUCCAAAACCGACCUCAGCGAGUACCUCCUGCCACUGGUGACCAGCUUCUGUGUAUUGGAGCGCCCGGACACCGAUGCUCGGGGAGCCAUGCUUCGCCGGAGCCUGUCGCGGCUGCCCCACGAUCCGGCGCUCCUGUGUCCCGGGGCGCAUGGCCAGGACCCGGUCACCGAGGCGGCCGAGCUGCUGUCCGGUGUUCUGAUCGCCUCGGCUCCGUGCGUCCUUUUCUUUGACGAGCUGGAUGCGCUGGCCCCGGCCCGGAGCGCCGGCAGCACCUCCUCCUCCAGUGGCGGCGUCCUCGGACGUGUGGUCAGCCAAUUGCUGGCCGAGCUGGACGCCGUGUCCACCUCCAGCGCCCAAGUGUACUGCAUUGCGGCCACCAAUCGGCCGGAGCUUUGUGACCAGGACCUCUUCCGACCUGGAAGAUUUGACCGCAUGCUCUAUCUCGGCCCGGCGGAGAGCGCCUCGGCGCAGGUGAACAUCCUCCGAGCCUGCUUCCGGUCGAUGAAUGCCGGCCGAUAUCCCAUCGAUCCGGCCGUGCGCGACUGCGACCAAACCCUGAUGGCGGCUCUGCGCGGCGACACCGGGGCCGGGCGUGCCUCCUCCCUGGCCGAGAACGGUGGGCUUGGCCAGGCCAAUGCCCCGGACCCGGGGGCCGAGGAGGGCAAGGCGCCAGCCCCACUGACCGGGGCCGACAUUCGGGGUCUCUGUGAGGCGGCCUUCACUUUGGCCACGCGCCGGUGUGUGGCCCGGCUGCAGGAGCUGUCCCCCGGAUCGGCGGCCUUCCGCGCGGAGCGCGUUUUGGUCCAGGCAGCAGACUUGCACCAUGCCCGAGCCGCGCUCGUCCCUUCGGUUUCCCCCGAACAGUUGGCCGAGUACAAUGCGCUGCGAGACCGCUACACGUGA